AUGAGGAGAGCAGCAGACAAAUCCUCCCCAGCAGUGCCUCCUUCAUGUCCUGACCGACACACAGAGCUCCGUAUGAGGAGAGCAGCAGAUGAACCCUCCCCAGCUGUGCCUCCUCUAUGUCCUGACCAACGUACAGAGCUCCGUAUGAGGAGAGCAACAGAUGAACCCUCCCCAGCAGUGCCUCCUCCAUGUCCUGACCAAUGUACAGAGCUCUAUAUGAGGAGAGCAGUAGAUGAUCCCUCCCCAGCAGUGCCUCCUCCAUGUCCUGACCGACGUACAGAGUUCCGUAUGAGGAGAGCAGCAGAUGAACCCUCCCCAGCAGUGCCUCCUCCAUGUCCUGACCGACGUACAGAGUUUCGUAUGAGGAGAGCAGCAGAUGAACCCUCCCCAGCAGUGCCUCCUCCAUGUCCUGACCGAAGUACAGAGCUCUACAUGAGGAGAGGAGCAGAUUAA